CAAUGGAGGACGAGAAGUAGUUGUAGCGGUAGAAUUUAGAUACUUUUCUUUCCAUUGCGAUUGACGAUCACACACUUUGUCGUUAGGUUGUGAAACUGUCGAUGCAAUAAGAAAUAGUCGCCGUGUUUCCCGGCUCGGGAUUUUGGGGCGCAAUUGGCCGCAUAGCUAGUAAACACAUUAAAGUAGUAACGGGGACUCGCUCGUCGAAAAGUCGUCCCAAGAUUUCAAACUGCAAAGUGGAAGAAGAAAGAAUGAAAGCGACGGAAAAUGAAAGUGAUCAGGAGGAAAUGGAUACAAAAGAAGGUAUUUCUUCUAUAAAGGCAAUUUAAGACCGCUCUUAGAAUUGCUUCUCGUUUAAAUUUUGCACAUCACGGAAGCUACAUUGUAGCUAGUUUAAGGUUAGCUUGUGAUGAAUUCAAAUGUUUUGCUCGCGCGUUUUCCGUUAGAUGCUGGUGGAGAUUCUACAGUGCCAAAUGGGCUUUCUUCUCCGAGUGAACCGCAAGAUGUUGUGAUGGAAGAGGACACGGCGAGACCUGAAGGAAUAAUUCGUUUCACUGUGCUCAAUUUUAGCAAACUAGACAAGACAACUCUUAGUGACCCCAUAUACGUGAGGAAUUUACCAUGGUAAGGCAUCAAAAUUUGUUAGCGUGUGACGAAAAUUUAUAGAUAUGGCUCAAUAAAUAAUCGGUUGAUCGUUGAGGAAUUAUAGUUCUCAAAUUUCUUGAGAUACCAUGUCUCAGAGCUCUAAAGUUUUUCCCCGCAAUCGAUUAAGUUUUAUGAAUUAUUCAUUUAACCCUUGUAUUUUGUUGUUUUAUGGUUUUUAUCAAUCUGGUUGUUACAUUGCUAAUGAUUUUUCAUCCGCGAGAAUUUUUUUCAUUUAUCUUUUCUAAGUACAUUGAACACCUGUGAGAGAGUGGAGAGUGUGCUUCUAUUUACAAUUGUAAUGUUUUAUGUUUACGUUCUUUCCUUACUGCUACUUGGAUGUCUUCUGGAUCUCAUUCUAUAUCUAUACCCCUAGUGUUCGUUGAAGUGAGGUGAUGAAAAUGACAUUGCUUUAGGCAUUCGAUAAACUUCUUAAUUUUUGGGAGUCAGGAUUGCAUAAAGCAUUUUUGUAAAGAAUAAUGCUUGGAUGGUGACUAUGCAAAUAUAAUAUUGGUUGUCAUUUUGCUUAAAAAUACACGUCUAAAGUAGUAUUAUGUACAUCUAUUAUUUGGAGUUGUUAAUUUGAUUUUUUCACCCAAUUACCUACGUUAUUUUUCCAUAUUGUCACUUUGUACUCUAUAUUCCACAGUAGAUUUGGAGGAAUAUGUUUUUUUGUGCCUUUUUUUUUUUUAAUUGUCUGUUGCAUCUUAAACAAGCUAAUUCCUGUAACUGAUAACUAGGAAAGUAAGAGGAAUGAGGGAAGGAUUUGAGUCAUGGCUGUGGGGUGAAAGUGAAAGUUUAUAACCUCAAUAUUGUUUUUCAUGUACUAGUAUUUCUCAGUCAGUUUUGUUUUUAAGUUAGGUAUUCUAUCACAGUAAAAAAGUGAUAUUCAUGUGCAUGUUUUUGUUUGUUUUAUUUCAUCUUAGUAUAUUUAUCUCUCUCAACUGUUAGUAUUGCAGGUUAUACUAGAGAUUUACAGUGGAAAUUUAAAAACAAAAUUUCCAUGACUUUUUCUUCAAUCAACAAGACUUUUCUUUCUAGGCGCAUCAUGUGUAUGCCAAGGUAUUCCAGUAAUGACAAAGUCAAAAGUGUGGGAUUCUUUCUGCAGUGUAACCCAGAGACAGAGUCACUGUAAGUGUGUCACAGCUUUUUUGUCAAAAUGUACACUAUCAUUAGAUGUUUCCAGCCAACUAGCAUUCCCUCUGUCACAAAACAUUAUUCAACUUCAAGUUUUUGUUGGCAGGCAGCGAAGCACUCAAAACAUUGCAAUAUUCAAUUGUGGGUGACUCUAUAUAGUUAGACAAGGAUGUCAUUUGUGUAUUUCUUAUUCACCACAAUGCACAAUAAGCAGAUAUACUUUGAACAGUGCAUACAUCCUUUUCCUCAGGUUGUUUGAAACAACAGCUGCAGUUAUUUUCAUGCCACAUUGUGUGUUAUUCUAACAGGAAAUUUUAAAAGCAAUGUUACGACAAUUUACCCCUUGUAUUUAUUGUCUGAGACAAAGGAUAUUAAACUACUUAUGCAAGUAUUACUGGUAGUUAAGUUGCAACAAUGAUUGUGUUGUUCUAGUCCUAUAGUAUUGAAAAAAGUACAGCUUUUUUUCAUAUUUGAACCAUAUAUGCAGGGACUAUUUAAAUUUUGACAUCUGUAGGUGGUGUUCAUUUAUUACAAAUGCAUAUACAUUUGCCCAAGGAUAUUGGUUAUGUCAUUAAUGAAAUGAAUUCUAUUCACUUAGUAAGUACACAAUUUAUAUUUAGUUGAAGUAGUUUGGCCACACACGUAUGCUAAGUUAGAAAAUUAAUGUUAUUGAUAUGUGUAAAAGUUUGUUUGCUGAAAGAGCAUAUUGGUAUUUUAUCUUUAUUAUAUUACACUCAGGGCUUAAAUUAAUACCUGAAGCAGUCUUUUAUGUUGUCUUCUGAAACGCUUGCCUUUUAUUCUUCAGAUCAUGGUCUUGCCAGGCUUCAGCAAGACUGACUCUUGUCACUCAACAAGAAGGUGGUGAAGACUUUUCAAGAAGUGAGUUGUUAGAUUGUAAAAUUUUAAAAGGAAAUCUUGAAACUAUCUGGUUUGUAUUCUUGGGGAAAAAAGGAUAGAGCUAGAUGAGUAGAAAGUGAGAGUGUGAUUUCAAAAACAAGGGAUGGCUGCAAAAAAUGAGUCACUCACAUUUGAUUUUAGGAUGUGAAUCACAGAUCAGACAGAACAUCCAAUUGCCUGUAGACUUAAAUUUAAUUUGCAGUCUUGGAAAGGAACCAUCAUUUAAUAUGUGCAUAUCUCUUCUUUUAACUGUGGACUCUUUCUCUUUAGAAAUCUCUCACCUCUUCUUUUCAAAAGAAAAUGACUGGGGAUUUAGUCACUUUGUACCAUGGAAUGUAAGUCAUUUUACCACUCUGAUCUAAACUCAUGUAUGCUAAAUGGUUGUUUGUAUUUAGCCAUCCAUGCACCUGUAGGUGCCCAUCUUAUAUUACAUCUGUAUGACUUUCAUGGGUGGACUGUAAAUCUUCAACAGUUGCGGGAAGGAAUGAGACAGGGGGUGGGGUAGGGGUUAUUACAAAGCUAACCUUUGGAUGGAGGAGGGGGGGGUCUGAAGGGGGCAUUUCAACUAUGAAUCCAGAAAUGACUCAAUAUCUAGUGUGUUACAUGUGCACUCAAAAUUUGUGGAGAGUUUUGUAUUCUGUGAUCUGUUGAUGUAUUCCAUUGUCUGGUUUUUUAUAAUGCAGCUGUUUUACAGGUUUAAAAAUACAGAGACAGGGAAAAAAUAAGAAAUUAACUCACAUUUUGUUAUCUUCAUGAAAUGCUGGUCAUCAAGUUAUCAAGAUCCAGCUUCAUCCUGCAAGCUGACACCACAUGAGCAAAAUUAUUUAUCAUUCAAUAUCUUGUAUUUAGGAGGCAUGAAUAUUAUUAUGAUGUUAAUUUGUUCUACUUCAUAAUUAUGCUAAAACAUUUUCCUUAGUUAGCUUGACAGAUGUUUCUCAAUGAUUUCAAAAUUUUUUAGUUUCCUUUUUUUCGGUUGUUAUAUGAAAGCAUACAACAGGUGUAGUUGUUUAGAAGUUAUCUCAGGGCUCCUUUGAUGAAGUCUUCAAAAGACAAAGCUAUUACUCUUAAAUAUUUUUACAGUCUACUAUUUAUUUAUUUUCAUGCAGGAUGCUCUUGAUCCUAACAAAGGUUUUAUCAAAGAUGACUCUAUCAUCCUAGAAGUACAUGUAGCAGCAGAAGCUCCUCACGGAGUUGCGUAAGUCUCGUAGAUGCUAUACUCUUUUCUGCUUCAGCUUUCUAAAGGUAUUACUGGAGCAGACAAAAUAGUUUAAGCCUUAAAAUCUCAUGGAUAACCAAGACAUACAUGUGCUUCCUCUUUACAACAUCAAAACAAUAUUAAGCAGACAAUAAGAGUAAAGAAAAGAAAAAUAUAAAUUGGGAGACUAUUAGUUGAUCCAAUAACAAAUUCUCUGAAGAGACAUAAUAAGAACUGUAUAACAGUAAGGAGACUUGCGGAUAAUAUCUUAGGAAUGAUAGAGUUUAAACAAGUAGCACAUCAACAAUACAGAUAUGUUGUUAAGUACCUUCUAAAUUACUUGUUGGGAUUAAGAGAAAAUGCAAAAGGUUUAAAAUACUUCCAAGCCAUUAUAGUGGAAGUCAUUUGUGUCAAGUGGAGCAGUAUUCAUAAAAAUUAAACACAGCAGCUGUUUACACAUGUGCACAACUGUAUGUAUAGGGACAUGUAUGUGCUGGGGUAAGCUUUCUAGAAAGACCAUCCUCAAUGAAUGGUAUCUUCUUUGAUGCUAUCAGAAUUUGAGAUGACAAAGCAUUUUGAAAGUAGUGUUGAAAUAUCAGGAAAGUGUUUGUAUUGAUCAGGUGUACCAACAGCUUAAUUAGUAUGGUGUAAAAAAGUUUGUCAGAGUGCAGGGUUUGAAUUUGUUAAUUGGAGAAAUGUUUCUUUCUAGGUGGGAUUCAAAGAAACAUACUGGUUAUGUUGGACUGAAGAAUCAAGGGGCAACAUGCUACAUGAACUCUUUGCUACAAACUUUAUAUUUUACGAAUAAACUAAGAAAGGUAAGAGAAUAAAAUUCCUUACUGCAUAUGAAGCUUUUCCAUAAUGACAAACAGUAUCCUUCCUCUCAGCCUCUGCUUUUCACAAGGAUAAAACAGUCUUUUUGUGCUUCAUGAAAACUGUUCAUCUUAAAUAUUCCUUUGUGGUAUUCAUAUGGAAGUAUUACUCAUUUGUAUGUACCAGCAGUUCCAUUUUGAGUGUUGUUGUCUGCCAUUUUGUAGUCUAGAUACACGACAAACAGACAUAUGCCAAAAUGGGAAAAAAGCAAGUCAUGAUAUGUUUGUGACUACGUGGGCAAUUUAAAUGUGUUUGCAAAAUAUCUUUGCAGGCUGUCUAUCAAAUGCCCACAGAGAAUGACGACCCAAAUAGAAGUGUGGCUUUUGCCCUUCAAAGAACUUUCUAUGAGCUACAAAACAGGUCAGUCUUGAAAAGGAACUUCACGUUCCCUCGUGUUUCAGACUUCCUUUUUAGGAGCUUAGAUUGUGCGGAAAGGCACUUCCUGCUAUUCACACUAGCAAAACAGGUUAAGUAAGUUUUAACUUACUGUAUAUUUUCAUUGUGCUAAAUUUGAAGUUGACAAAGAUCAGUGUAAGCAGCUUCUAUCAAGAAAGCAAUUUCAAACUGAGUUUGAUAAAACAGCUUUAAAACAUGUUUUGAUGUGAAUGGGGUAUAAGUUGUGAUUGUCAUGUUGGUACUAGUAAUAUUUUAUUAUAAGAAGUGGCUCUUUUGGUGCAUUGAGAUGUCUUCUAUAUUUCACACAUACGACAUACAAAGUAGCCUUUGUGUAAUGGUCUGCAUUUUCUAACUUUUAUCUGUAAAUGUGACUUUUUAUUUUCACAAUAGUGAUAAAGCAGUUGGCACAAAGAAGUUAACCCGAUCAUUUGGGUAAGUGUAUUACAGACAUAUUUGUAUCCUUGAAUUAAUUUUAAUACUGUUUAACCUAAAAUUACAUAGUUUGCUGCUGACUUUGGCUAUUGAUUUUACAUGUAAAAUCUUAACAUUUUUUAGAAGUUACCUUUGGAUGUUUGAUAUUACAUGUAGCAAGAUUAAAUAGAUACAUAAACAUCCAGAGGAUUGUUUCACUGACCAAGGAAUGUGUGACUGUUUUUCCCCUCUUAGGUGGGAGACACUGGACAGCUUUAUGCAGCAUGAUGUUCAAGAAUUGUGUCGAGUGGUAAGACUGUGAUUAAGUACUGGCCCUGGUUAUUUGAAGUGUAGAUAACACUAUCCACUUGAUGAAAUACUAUCCAACAGAUAUUGUAGUCUGGUAAUUAUUAAAAUCACACUUAUCCACUGGAUUAUGAUUUAUCUGGUGGAUAAUGCUAUUUCACAACCAAGCCUGAAGUAUAACAGUAGUCAAUAACUAUAUGUACAAGCUGAGCUGAACCUCGUUUAUGGUAAACAUUAAGUGGCGAUCUCUGCAAGAGCAGUCCAAGGAAUUUUGCAUCAGAAAAAAGUUUUCCCUCAAACUUUGCCCAUUAAAAUAUCUUUGGCAGUAAGUAAAUAAAACCACAUUGGUUUCUAGAAAUACCAUAAAAAAAUGUUUUGAGAGCUCUCAAUAAUCAACUUUUUUGACCUCUUGCAACUUUGAAAAUUUCAAAAGUUGACAAGGUGGCUCCUUGUAACACACUACAUGUAGCAAGACAUGUGUAUUCCUAAAUUGUGUGAUAUAUAAGGGGUUUGGAAAGCAUUUCAAUUUUGAUAUGUGUCUAUUCAGAAGUUUGCCAUAAUUUAUUUAAAAACACCCGUUAGAGGGCUUUCUGAAAUUCCUUGGGUGACCAUUAAAAGCAGCAGUUGAUUUCUUCUAAUAGGAUGUUAAAAGCAUAGAAAUGUAGAAACAUCUUGCACCUAUUAAUUUCCUUUGCUUUAAUGACUUCAAACUUUUGGUGAUUUUGCUAGGAUGACAGCAGAAUUAUGCAUUCCAUUCCAUUUGUGUUUUGUCUCACUAACUGAUAAAGAUGAGUAAAGGAAAAAAUGAAGCAUGGUGUAGUUGUCUUUCUUAGAAGAAUCCAAAAUGAUUUUUUUAAAUUACAAUUUAGCUUCAUGAAGUGUUUCAAACAUUUGUUUUACACAACCUUUUUGCAGUUACUGGAUAACAUGGAAAGCAAAAUGAAGGGAACUUGUGUUGAGGUGAGAUGUAAAUCUACUUUGAUGUCUAUCAACGUGCCAUCAAUUGACAAAAAAGUUUACAGGUCUGUAAUAUAUGGCUAUAGUCCUUUUAAUUGCUGGAGUGAGCAGGAUGUACAGAAGGAUGUGCAAACAAAAAUAUCAUCAACUAAUCUUUGUUCUGUUUUUGUAGGGCACAAUUCCAAGAUUGUUAGAAGGAAAAAUGCUGGUAUGUAUAGUAGUGUCAUGGUGAACAAAGUGGUUUUUUUUUAGUUGUAAGAUCUUGUACUUGUACUUUAAGAUAUUACAGCUCCACCUUACCCUAAAGUACUUAAAGACUAAUGAACUUUGAUUUAUAGCCAGAUAGUUGAUCUGAAGUAAUGUAUGAACCUGGCACAAUUUAAUUGAGUUUUUGUUUUUUUCACUCAGUCAUAUAUCAAGUGUACAAAUGUGGACUAUGUGUCACAGAGGUGGGUUGUUUAAAACAUACUCCUUCAUAGUAGGUUAUCAAUGGUAGCUUCAAGUGUUCUAGUGUUGUCUCAUUCAGCAGUACCCUUGCAUUUAAUAAACUAUUUCUUCAUAUUAUACAUGUUAAUGUCCAGACACAUACACUGCAGACUGGCUUGUGAUUUAUAAUAUUUAUUAUGGUUCAGUUUGGUCUUUGAAAAGCCCUCAUAUUUUCUUUGCACUGUCAGACUUAAAUUUUGUGUGUACAUAUAUUAUGAAUUUUGUUUUAAAAUGUAAGUUAGGUUGCAAAUUACUAUUGAUGGUUACUUAUAUUUCAAUAUUGAUAUUUUACCUAACUCUAGUAAUGAUACUGAUUCUGAUUUCAGAGAAGAGCCAUUCUAUGAUAUUCAACUGAAUGUUAAAGGCAAGAAAGACAGUAAGUUUUGGCUGGUUACAUGCAUAUUGAAUAGUAUAUAAUGAAAUAAAAUUUAAAGAAAUAGUAAAUGUAUAUAAAAUAAUGGACCUCGCUCACUGUGGAGUCUCUGUGGCUCAGUGGUAGAGUAUCAGAGUGCAGAAUCCAAAGGUCUGAGGUUCGAUUCCUCAUGGGGACUCAGAAUUUUUUCUUUGUCCCACACUCGUGACGAGAUGAAAAGCAUCUUUCUCUUUGUAUAUUAAAUGUUGUUAUUUUUGCAACAAUGCCAUCAUGGACAAGUGGCAUGUUAGUCAUUGUUUUUAUGGGCAAGAUGCCUCACUCUUAAAGUUUCUUGCUUCACCUAGGAGUGUUAAGGUGUAGUGGUAAACUCCUAGAAAAUCCUGACAAAAUGCUAGGGAGAGGAGGGCAGGGGGUGGGGGUAACCUUUAAUGAACAGGUAUCCCAUUCAGGUGUAGAUACAAUACUCCUAGUCCCAUCAUGUCCUAGUCCCAUCAUGUCCUUGUCCCAUCAUGUCUGAGUCCCAUCAUGUCCUAGUCCCAUCAUGUCCUAGUCCCAUCAUGUCCUAGUCCCAUCAUGUCCUAGUCCCAUCAUGUCCUAGUCCCAUCAUGUCCUAGUCCCAUCAUGUCCUAGUCCCAUCAUGUCCUAGUCCCAUCAUGUCCUAGUCCCAUCAUAUAAUAAACCCUGAGAUAUGUCAUGGCGCUUGGGGUUUCUUGGCUUGAGAUCAGACUUUACCUUACAAACUUAUGCCAUGGUUUCAUUGUCAUAUCAUUUCAGUUUAUGAGUCAUUCAAAGAGUACAUUGCUGUGGAAACUUUGGAUGGAGAUAACAAAUAUGAUGCUGGGGAAUAUGGUCUUCAGGUGUUUGUCUUACUGGAUAAAAUAUUUUUAUUCUGAGUUUGUUGUGUUUUGCUUUGUAUACCUUUCAUAUGCUUCACCUCUGAAUUUGAUUUCAUCCUCUUUUAUCAGGAAGCUAAAAAGGGGGUAAUUUUUGCAAAAUUGCCUCCUGUUCUCCAUCUUCAGUUAAUGAGAUUUCAGUAUGACCCAAUGACAGACACAAAUGUUAAAAUAAAUGACAGGUUUGUCCAAGAAUUGUAAUACUUGAACAGAAUUACUGUGACUAAUUCAUCUUUGAUAAAGGAUUGUCUGUGGUCAUCACACAUAAUUAAUUGUGGUACACACCAUAUAUGUAGCCUUUCUGUUAAGAUUUGCCAAUUAGCAAGACCAGUCCUAUCAGUUUUGCUGACAAAUUUGGAUCAUUUCCCCCCUGGAUCAGUGCUCCAACUUCAAAGUUUUUUAAGUUAUUAUUUGGGAACUGAAAAUCAGGAAAUGGUUGCUAGAAACGAAAUUUAAUCCUCAGUGGCCAGGAAUCACUUAUUUAAGGCCCACAUGACAUCUCAAGACACUUGCAAAACCAAGGAGAGAGGCACAUUUACUGAGCACUAAUGAUAUUAAUGCAAAUGUUUAUCUCACUUGAACUUUAGAUCAUGGUAGUUAGAGAAUGAAAGCAUUGCAGCUUGCUACUUGACUGCGAAGCACAGGUUACCAAUUUAAGGACUUUUGCUUAAAAUUUGAUCACCAAAGUUUUUUGCUAAUGGCCAUGAUACCAAACCAAACUUGGAGCACUAUUCAUUGUUUUUAAAAAAAUGGCACUUUUAAGCUUUAAAUUUUAGGCUUAGUGAGUAGAUCAGUUUCUUAUUCCUCAGGCUAUUAUUUUCUUGUUUAAACAAAGCUAUAACUGCAUUUGAUUUUUUCUAGGUGUGAAUUUAUGGAGAAGCUUGAUUUAAACCAAUUUCUUCAAGAUCCUGAAGAGCACCCAGGACAGUAUACAUUACAUGCUGUUCUUGUACAUAGUGGUAAAUCCAUUUUACAUUUAAUUCUUAAGGGUGAAAGAGCUUUCUUUUCAGCACAGUUGUAUACCUUUCCAGUGAAGUUAAAAUCUCCAAUUUGUCAAGUACACAUUCAUUUAGAUAGCUUGUUGCUGUAAAUAGUUUGUAAAUAGAAAAUGUUCAUAUUCAAUCUGGUAGUGGAACAAAGAAAGAUUUUACCAUGGGGGGUGGAACAAAGGAAAAGAUCUGUAUCUCUAAUGAGGAAUUGAACAACCAGACUAAGCGACAAGAAAAGUGUGGGUGUGCCAGGCCCUAAACUUGGUUCAGAUACUGUACUUCAAGUUUCCUGCUUGCAGCAAAGAUCAGAAAUGUUGAGACUUGGUACUUAUAGACCCUGUAUGCCUACCUCACCAACUACUUUUCUGUAACUCAGUGGCAAAGCUUGGUACAGCAAAAUCAGAAGAGGGGGAAGGGUUGAAUUGCUUGUUAGGGACUCAUAUUUUAUUUUCUUUGUCACACCUUUAUGCCAAAAAUCAGUUUAAAUGUGCACCUGUUAAAUUAACUCUUGAGAUGUAAUAUUUCAGGUACUUCAAAAAAAGGUAAUUUAAACCACACAAGGGCCCCAAAGGGUGAAAGAAAGUGUUUUCACCUUCACUGUUUUGUUGUUAUAUCUCAUCAGUUCUUAACUUUUAGAAAUUUGUAUUUUUAGGAGAUAACCAUGGUGGACAUUAUGUUGUGUACAUUAACCCCAACGGUGAUGGAAGGGUAUGACUCAUAGUCUCUGUUUUUGUUAUUUUCAUCAUUGGUUGCCAAUGAGAGCUGGGCAGACAACUGGGGAUGUUAAAUCUUAACAGUGGCUUGUAGGACCCUACCAUGAUCCGCAGUAUUUUAGUGCGUUGUUUAUGUCUCAAUUUGUACCUCUAGCAGGGCUGGGAACAGAUGGUUAAUUGCAAAAAACAAGCAUGGCUGUGAUUUCAAACUUUGAGUAUAUUUUGUGUCCCAGUUCACACUGGUGAUAGUUUUGAUCAUAUGGAAAUACAUGUAAUACCCAUGAGAGGUUAUAAAAUCAUAUAAACAUUUGGACAAGGGUAGACUUUUCAGUGGUGUUAAUAGUGGUUUCAGUUGCCCAUGAUACAAGAGAAUGCAAGUGAUGUUCAAAGACAAUUUUUGUUGUUUAGAACAUUUAAAGGUUACUUUGGGGCAUAGAGUUCUGGCUGUAUGCUGUAUACAUGACUUUGUAUACAUUUUAGUUUGGGGUGUCAAAUGUUUUCCUUAUUUAAUGACCAUUAAAUCACACUACUCCUUUAAUUUUCAGUGGUGCAAGUUUGAUGACGAUGUUGUGUCACUGGUAAGUUCUGGAUAUGGAUAUGGAUAUGGAAUAACCAAAUCCAAACUGUAAAAAAAAAAGGUUCAUAGAGGGAACUUUAUGCAGAGAUACAUAUCUUAAUUCUUGAGCAGUGUUCUUUAAACAUUUGUGUGUUGUUUUAGAGCUAGCAUUUAUAUUUUUUCCUAAUUCAAAGCCAUCAUUAAUUAUUGCAGGCUACUAAAAAAGAAGCAAUUGACAAUAACUUUGGAGGAUACGAGGUAGGCAGAUUUACUUUAAAUUUCUUAUUUUAGCUUCACCACACAACAGACAGGUCAAAUAUUGAACUAUUAGGUUUAUUUUGCACUGUUUGACCAAGCACCAACUCAAAGAAUAUCAAGAAGACCCUAUGUAUACAAUCCACGUAUGAUGCAGAAUCAUCACAUUAGCAGUAAUCACUGUCACUGUGCAUUCAAAUCAAAUAACUGGAGAGCUGAGCAACCACUUACAAUCACUGUGGUUAAAACGGUGACCAGAAAAAACCUGUGGAAGAAAACCCCAGUGGGGGAAAGAGACAGGCUGGCAGUCUAAAGCCAGAAACUACAUUUGAUACUAAGAUGUCCAAAUUGACUCUAGUAUAAUUCAGUAGACGAAGACGCACUUGAUUUUACACAUAAUUAAACAGUUAUGAUCAGAUUAUUCCUUGGUGCACAGCAUUCUUAGACCAUUCAGUUCUUGUGUGUGGUGGAAAUUGACCGAGCCAAUGUUUUGUUACAGGAUGACAUUACAGUAAAGCAUUGUACGAACGCGUAUAUGUUGGUUUACAUCAGGGAUAAUGAAAUGAGUAAGUAGCCAUUUCCACCUUACGUGUUUAAUGAUGACUUACAUUUGAUGAGCUUUGGUGUAGGUCAGAAAAAACUGGCACUAAUAAACGAACUUGAGGCCAACAGUUAAAUUUGUGGAGAGAAAUAUUGUGAGAAAGCUUCCCUGCUAGGAACUUGUUAAAAUAAUUAAAACUCAAACAAAACAAGUUCAUGCAUUAAAUAAAAAAACUUGUCUCAUACUUUGGAGAAAAAUUAAUUCCCAGUAGCAAGUGUCAAAAGUUUUAGCUUGAUGAGCAGAACUACGUUUAUUGACUCAAAUCCACAUUUACUGAUUGUGGUCCUGUCAAAUAAAGACAGUUUCUAAUAUCUUCCAGUUAGUACGUGCGCUAUGAUUGAUCAAUUAGGCCGGUCUUAGGUCACGGAAUUAAAAUCUUUCCCCUCUAUUUGACCCUAGAGAUAUGAUAAAUACAUUGCUAUCCCCGUUUUCUCGGUCCGUACUGUAAGUUACGGAACCUCGUUUUUUUCAGCUCAGAUUUAUGGCUUCGCGCUCGGGCCUCGAACUCGGUUGGUAGAGGUAUAUACAAACAGUUUCUGGCAAACCUAUAACUAAUGCUCAUGUUGGGAUAUUCUGAUGAACUUCCUUCUUUGAUUGAAAGAAGAGUGUCGAUGGCACUAUGUGGUGAAUAAUAUUGUACUUUUUAUUUUUCACAGAGGAUAUUCUUGAAGAUGUAGAUGAGUGUACAAUUCCUGAUACACUAGUACAAAGACUACAGGAAGAGAAGUAAGAAAACAGCUUAAGUAAAGUUUUUGGUUUUUAAAAUGAUAAAAUGAUCGUUGAUUAAUGAAGGUGCUCUGCGGCUGAAAAUUAUGAAAUUUUAGGGUUAGUAAACAAAUUUCUGUCAAUAAAUGAAAACGUUAUUAUUGACUUGCAGGAGACUUGAAGCACAGAGAAGGAAGGAGAGACAAGAAGCACAUUUGUACAUGACAGUGGAUGUAGGUUUAUUACCAAACUUAUUUCAAAUUUGACGACGGAGAGAGAAAAUUUUUGUAUAAUCUAAUAAAUCUCCGUUUUAAGUAAAUAACAUCCCUAUAGAACUAUUUUGUGGCUUACAUACCCACACAGCUAUUGCUCUAUUAUAAUUACCGUAGUCUGUAUAAUAGAUGUGACAUGUGUGCUCGUCUAAUGCAAGCUGAUGUAAGCUCGAGACAAGUGCGUUGUGUGGGUCACGUGUCCUUCCUUCGUUUCGCGCGUGAUUCGCCCUUUGCACACGCCUCGCGUUUACCUCCACUAAACUCUGAUGGCAUGAAAAAAGGCCCAAAUACAACACCUGGGUAUAAAUAUCUUGUAUGUGAGGUUAACUUCUACUUCUUUAUUGUUCAGAUUGUGACUGAAGACCAAUUUGCGGGACACCAGGGACCUGAUCUUUUUGAUCCAGAGAAAACCAAAAUAAAGUGAGUGUCGAUAGCAUGCAAUAAGUUCUUAAACAGAAGGAGUACAUUGUAAAUCGUUGGAUCAUUUCCUCCCCUUACCUCCCCUUGGUUGCCCAUUGCAGUCUACCUCUAAAUGAUAUCCACUUGAAUCUGUUUGAAAAGAACCAUUUCAGAAGAUUUAGUGUCGUGCUAAGUAAGAACUGACCUACAACUCCAUCCAUGAAGAGUUCGUUUAUGAGACAAUUGUUUCAACGUUUUUUUCUCCCUCUGUAGGAGUUUCAAAGUUCUAAAAUCAAAGAAACUUCACGAAGUUUUGGCUAUUCUUGCUGAUGGUCUGGUAAGAAAUUCAACUUGUUGAAUUAAUCAUAUUGUCCAUUUUGGCGCAAACUCUGCUCAUUUUCUAAAUUUUCAGUUUUUCUCAAAUGAUUCUUUCAUUGAAAUACGUUUUUUCUCAUCAGUAGAUCAGUUUUGAAUGAGUACUCUGCGGCAAAAGAAUUUGCUUAAAGUACGCAACGUAACGUGAACUUAUUUUAAAGAGUUGUCUCCUAAACUAUUGUGCGUUUGUAGCAUGUUUUCGUGGUCGAGUGUUUCUUAUCGUUGUAACAGGUCAAGUUUCUUUAUACCCAAACUACCUUGUAUAACCUUGUCUUUUCGCCUUACAGGGAUACCCAGUGAAUCAAAUUAGACCGUGGCCACUUCAGCCGAGAAGUAACGGCACAACAAGGCCCAGUUUAUUUGACAUAGAAGGAAGUUUGGAUAAAACGGUAAUUUGGUUAAGCUACAGUUUCUUAGCUGCCAUAAUUACAUUUCAUUUUGAAAUUUUAACAAAUCCUGAGUAGAUAUUUAACCGAGUGUUCCUUUUUCGUUCUUUCGAAGUUGGGCCAAAUUGUGGACGGAUCACAGUGGUGUGUAUUCCUAGAAACAAUUGAUCCUGGUAAGAAUAUUUAUCUAUUGUAUAGCCUGACGUUUAGCUUUUAAAACGUAACUCCCUGACUCGUUUUAGAUGGUGAAUUAUACAGCAAUCAUUCAAUGUUGGGUCGCGUGAGAUUUUUUCAUAGGAGCGUCUCACGGUAUAAUUAGGAAUUCAGUUUAGAUCAAUGGCGAUUCUAUACAAUUGAUCCGUCGUUAUCAACGCAUUUGACCUGUUGAUAUUAACUCAUUCUAUUCUGUUCUUGUAGAAGAAGGAAAAGUGUCACUACCAGUCUUUGAUAAGACAAGUAAGUUGUUUUUUAUUACAACUGUCUAGAUGGCAUAAUGUAGCUGCAACAUUUUCCACUUUCAUAAAAAUUUCUUUUUAAUGUCGCUCUUUUAGUAAAAUGUUUUGCUUUCUUUCGAACGAAUACUGUAAAUCAUCACCCAAACUUGUAGUAACGAAAUUUCAGAUUAUGUCAUAUCGAAUCAGGUUGAUUAGAUAUUAGUAAGUCAUUUUUUGUUUCUUAUUUUUCCUGCUGCAGAUGACGUCCUGUUAUUCUUCAAACAUUAUGACCCAGUACAAAAGACUCUAUCCUGUGUGUGUCAUCUUUACACUCCUUUGUCAACAAAAUUUGGUAAGAAAAUUGUUGUCAACUUGCUUAUCGGGUUUUGGCCGUGUAUUGAACUUGAGGAGGUGGGGAAGAGAAGGAGUCGUUUUCAUCAGCCUGGACAGGAAUUGAUUACUCAGGCUUAUUGGUUCUUAUUAAUAACGAAAUGUUCUUUUAAAAGAUGGUCGCUUUAUUGGCCAAUUGAUUUACAACAAGCGUCCUCAGACUAUAGAACUCUGAAUUGCAUUCAUAAACAAUGUGCGAUCUCGUCGAAAACACUUGUUUUUGCUUUGACAUGUGCAACGUUCUCAUCUUUCCCCGGCAUCUAACCCUAUAGAAGGCCUCCUUUGUCAAGGUAUCACCCUAUUGUCGUUUGCAAUACUUAACUGAUCCUGUUUUGUUCUUCUCAGUGGAUCUCAUUCCUAUGUUAAGUGAGAAAGCUGGGUUACCGCCUGGAACACCAAUAGCCAUGUUUGAGGUGAGAGUGCUCGGCUUGUUUUUACCUCUGUAUUCGUUGUUUUUUUUUUCUAAACCAUAGACCGGAUUCCUGAUUCUAUGGGCCUUUUUUGUAGGAAGUGAAAACAACUUACGUGGAGCAAAUCAAGGACCUAAAUGUCUCGUUUGAACGGGUAUGUGUUCCCGAGCUUAUACAAAUUCUUUUUUUUCUGCCUUUUGGGAGAGCUGAAGAGCGAAAGUCAUUACCUUAUUGCGCCUUCUGUGAAAAUAACAUAUCAAUUAUACUACAUAUUUAUCAUUAUUUUGAUAUCGUCACUUUCUUUUUUUCAACAGGGAGUGGAGGAACUCAUGGAUGGCGACAUCAUCUGUUUCCAAAGGUAUGCAGGUGUUGGUAUAAAAUGGAACAAUGGCAAAAUACUUCUCUUUAAUUGCAAAAUUUUUAAUAUUACUACUGUUGCGUCAUGUUUAGAUCUGAACCUGAUUUGCUAAGCGCAAGUGAAUUACCCACAGUAGCAGACUAUUUCAGGUAGGGUGUUGCCGUGGUGUUCAAAGUAAUUUUUGAAACGUUGAAAAUAGUAUAGAGAACAUCUUUUGAAGUAGUGUUCGGAAAUAUUGGUCGAAGGUACUGAAAUAGUGUUCUUUUCCAUUGUUUUCCAGGGAUCUUCACAAUAGAGUGGAAGUCAUAUUUUGUGACAAGAACAUUGUAAAUGACCCUGGCUUUAGUGUGACACUCUCGAUAAGAAUGAACUAUAUGCAGGUCAGUAUGAUUUGUUGAUUUGACUACUUAAAAGAAAUCGGACUGUGCAUCGAUUUGCCCGUCUAGAGAAAAAAAGCACUACAUGCCAAAACAUGUAUGGGUACUUUGAGACCCCAAACAUUAUCCAAACAAGUGACAAGUUCGCUCUUGGAGGCAAACACAUGCACUCAAACUUCCUUUUUCUCGGUCGUCACUCGAUUAAUUCUCCAGGCAAAAGAUUUUUACAGGCAUUCGUAUAAUAUAUGAGUUAUAGAAAUUGACAUGAAAUUGCCUUCCUGUAUGUUGUAUUUAACCAGUCUGCAAAUAAACGAUCCUUUUGAUCGAAAUUCGUCUCGUUGAAGUGAACACACGGUUCUUUCCAGCUUUGUAGAUAAUGUAGUUUUACAACUAUUUCUGCGAAAAUCUUCCGUACGGACCGCCUUCUUGAGUUGACAGAGAAAACAAAUCUUCCUAAGAAUCGCGCGCGAGCAUUCGAGAAAAUACUUACUUGAUUAUAGUCGUCGACCCUCGAACCGCCUUGGACUGAGGUGUAAGGAAGUGUUUUGUGUUUACUUAAUGUAUACCGUAUUGAACAUAGUUACAUAAUUCCCUUACUUCAUACACUUGAUGAGGUCACUAAACAAUGGGUUGUCUGUGCGUUUCUUGUCAGGUUGCCAAGGCUGUGGCAGCAAACCUAGAGGUUGAUCCAAUGAUGUUGCAAUUUUUCAAAGGACAGGCGUAAGUUGAUCCAAUGAUGUUGCAAUUUUUCAAAGGACAGGCGUAAGUUACUGUGACUUGAGUAAGGACCUUCAGCAAACCACGACGGCAACGAGGACGUGGGGAAACAAAAGAGCUAAUGACUAGAGCUAUAACCUAGCUCGUGAAUUUCAAUUUAUGUUCUGACAUUUCUAAAUCGUCCUGCCAAACAACGACGUGAAAUCACCAAAAUUUACGUGGUCCGACAACGGAAACCGCGAUGGCAAAUUAUUUAAGUUCAAAUCUGGAACUUAACCCUGAUCAUUAAUGUCAUGCUGAAGUUGAGGUGUGGCGCCGUAAGAGACGGUAAACUUUCAACCUUUCGCGAAAUUCUGACUGUGAAUUUAAAUUAAUUUUUUAAUCGACGUUUCCUCGACGUUGUCGUCCUGACUGCUUAUUUAAGGUCCCCCUACUAUCCUUUUUUUUUUUUUUUUUUUUUUUUUUUCACGGUGUUUUGUUUCCAGUUCACGCCAAUUUAUCUUAUGUCUCUCAGAUAUCGCGACGCACCAGGGAGUGCGCUAAGAUGUACAUAUGAAGGAACUUUGCGGGAUCUUUUGAUUUACUAUAAACCACGGGGACCAAAGAAACUCUACUACCAAAUACUAAGCAUACCUAUCGACCAACUCGAAAACAAGAGACAAUUCAAAUGUAUUUGGGUUGCCAACCAGUUCAAAGAAGAGAGAGAACUCGCUCUCUUUCCAAAUAAAGAUGGAACGGUGGCAGACCUUCUCAACGAAGCUCGGGAACAAGUUGAUUUACAGCCGAAUGGAACGGGGAAACUUCGGCUUCUAGAGAUUAUUAGCUCCAAAGUGUUUAACAUUGUUAACAAUGACGUUCCGCUGGAACAUCUCGCCACCCAGUCACAAAGAACGUUUAGAAUAGAGGUAACGUAUGUGAUGUUCCAAGGAGGAUUGAAAAUGUUGAAAACGGUCUUUUAGAUUUUAGUCAGACAUGAAGUCUUUACGACUAAUUAACGUUCAAAGCAAUUUUCAUAAGGUAUCCAUUCUUAUGUAUCAUUAAAGUGCAAUUUUUGCCACUUUUGAGAGGUGUGUGGGAACCAGUCACAAAUUAAGUUUAUUAUUUUUUCUUUUUCUCAGUUUUUUUUGCCGCCAACCUCUGUUUGCCAUCUUGGUGUAGUUUACUCUCUCAACGCUGUACACAGGCUCUUUCUUUGGAGACUAUAUAGUAAAGGAAAUUCAUUUCAAGCUUAUCUGUAGAUUUACUCUGUUUUUCUUUGUUGUUGUUUUUCAUUGUUGUUGUUGUUGUUUUUUUUCAGGAAGUCCCCGAAGAUGAAGUAGAACUAGCAAAUGAUGAAAUUUUAGUUCCUGUGGCUCACUUUAAUAAGGUAGAACCUUUUAAAUCGUGCUUUGGUGUUACUAUGUGAUUUGUUAUCGCCAAAAAUAUGUUAUUUUGUGGCAAAUUUGUUUUCCUUUUCUGUUCUUAACAGGAAAUUUAUCAGACGUUUGGAACUCCAUUUUUACUUAGGAUAACUGAUGUAAGUACAUUCAGAUGAAAAGAGAGUAGCAUCAAACCAUGUCUGAUUGUCCGCCUGGUUGCCAUGUGAACUUUAACAUAGAGAAAUUCUUGUUGCACAAAUUGAUCUGAAGGUGUUAAAAAUACAUGCACACCUAACAAGGGUGAGGAGUUCGAUCCACUUGGAAUAAACCUGAAAGGUUUGAAAAAUCAGUAGAAACUGAGAAGAAUGAUGUCAACAGAAACUCAAGUCGAGAGUGAAUAGGUAAUUGGGUUACUUGUAAAGAAAAUGGUUAUUAGUUGUAGUUCGCGGAAAGGAAAAAAAACAUUAAAAAGCAGCUUGUCAGUAGAUUAGUGUGGCAUCCAUUCUGAAUGUGGCUGGUGUAGAAAGGAACCAGAUUACCUGUGUUUUCUAUUUGUACCACAAUUUCUAAACAAGAACACGUUCAUUUUAUUAACAGGGAGAACCCAUCAACAAGUUAAAAGAAAGAAUAAAAGAAAAGAUAGACAUUCAAGAAAAAGAAUUUGAAAAGGUAAUUUACAACCAAUACCAGUUGAAAGAAGGUUAACAAACAAGAUAGGCUAACAGGGUUCCAAACAGAUAGGCAAAGACAAAGAAAUGGUCAGACAGUCAGGCAGGCAGGUAGACAGACAGACAGGCAAAGAGGUAAGCAGGCAGGCAGACAGACAGACAGACCGUCAGGCAGGCAGGGAGGAAGGCAAACAAACAAACCGACAAACAGGCACACACAGAGACAGCCAGGCAGGGAGGUAGGCAGGCAGACAGGUGGACAGAUAAACAUGGAGACAGACAGACAGGCAGGGAGGUAGGCAGGCAGACAGGUGGACAGAUAAACAUGGAGACAGAGAGACAGAGAGACAGAGAGACAGACAGGCAAGGAGGUAGGCAGGCUGGCUGGCAGAUAGGAAGAUAGACAGAUAGACAGGAAGCCAGGCAGACAGGCAGGGAAUUGAGAAUAUGGACAAUAAGGUAGACAGUAUGAAAAUAGGUAGAAAGUCAGAAACAAAGACGAUCAGAUGUGCAGAUAUAGUCAGGAACAACCACAAAAAGCAGGCCGAUGAUAUAAUUUAUUACCCGCUUAUGUUUCAUGUUUUCCCGUAGGUUAAAUUCGCAGUUAUUCACAUGGGACGAGCGAUAUACCUCCCAGAAGGUAACUUCAUUAUUGUUGAUUCCUCUUCUGUUUUAAGAGUUCUUACGUCAUUCAUGCUUUUCUCGGUUUCCGUGUAUUUGUCUUGUUUCAGAAUCGGACAAAAUCGUCUCAGUGAAAGACUUUCUUCCGCAGACACCAGGUAAACACAACCGUUCGUUGCUCUAAAAAAUUGAAAGAAGUUUAAUAGAGUUGAGUGAACAAAAGAAUUUGCCGUCUGCAUAAUUUUAUUAAUGCCCGAGACGUCUACACAAUGCUGAUACUUGCACGACGCGUGUUACAUACACUAUGAACCUAGUUAUGGCCCUAGCUCACCGUAGAGAUCCCUCAUGGGCACUCAUAAUCUUGCCUUUGUUCCACGCUCGUGGUAAGACGAAAAGAACCUCUUUCUUUUACCUUUUCACCCCCAGUAUCUCAAUGUUGAUCAUCCAUACUGUUUUUCGUUCAUUUUGGAUUUCAUCAAACGUCUCCCUAGUUCAUAAUUCUUUCACUCCUCAUCACCUUUCGGCUUUAAAAUGUAUUAAAGUUGUGCAGAGAAAUAGGCUUUGUCACUUCAGGGAGUCAAAGGGUUCAACAGUUUCUUGUCUCUCACACAACUCUUUCGGAAGGAAUUCAUCUUUUCUUGGAAGUUACUUCAUCAGAACUCACGUUACUGUAUUUUAGUUUUCUAAUUCUGCCUUGGUGUAACAGAAUUAAGAAUAAUCCACUGGCCAAAGUCUUAAUUUUCUUAUAGGGUUGAAGGGAAAUGUUAGUAUAUUCUCUUAUUCUGCGAAUAAGAGAGAGUUUUAGCCACCAUAAAAGAGACUUAACUAAAUAUGUGUUGGUUUUUAGGCGCUCAGAGCAUGAGCAGACCGUGGCUGGGACUGGAUCAUCUCAACAAGGCUCCCAAGAGAUCACGGUAUAGCUUUCUUGAACGACCAAUCAAAAUCCACAACUAG